AUGUUUAGAAUAUCCGUACUUGCUCGGCGGUACUCCACCAAACCAAUAACAUCCUACUUCAAGCUCUUUCCUCAGAACUUCCCUCAUGGAGGUCCACCCCAGGACUCAUUCAUUAUCAACCCGAAACAUUUGCGGAGAGAGUAUAGAAAUUUGCAGAGUGAGAACCACCCUGAUUUGAACGGGUCAGCUAUCCUCAAUUCAGAAGUCGUGUCGAAUGAGGCAUCACUUAGUGAAGUUAUAAAUAAGGCCUACACCACUUUGAAAAACCCAUAUUCGAGAAUAGUGCAUUUCAUAAAGGUGAACCACCCACUUCAUCUUGAUCUAUCUCGCGAUGAAAUUUCCAAGGAUUUGAUCAAAAAGUUUCAAAGUAAAUCCACCCAAAGCAGUUUGGCAUACAAGGAGAUAUUGAUGAAUGUUCUUGAGGUACAUGAACGAUUGGAAUUGGCCACUCUGGAACAAGAAUUGGAGGAAUUAGAAGUGGAAAAUGAGGAACGGAUUGAAGAAACAGAAGCGGAGAUUGCUGACAUGAUUAAAUACGAAAUCAAGGACUGGGACGAGCUCAUGAUGACUGCCAUCCGAUUGAAAUACUGGAUUAAUAUCCGAAACGGCAUCAAAGAAUGGGAGCCAGGAAAGCCAAUGAACUUGACUCAUUGA